AUGUCUUCAAAUCCCAACCACAAUGCCAACACCAAUGUUGAUAGUGAUGAAGAGUUGUGGAAUGAUGACUCAGAUGAUCAAAUGUUUUUCGAAAUUCUUCAACAACAACAAAUGCUUCUUCAACACAUAGGGAGCUCUUCCAGUCUCUGCUAUACAGACACCCCACACACCCCAGACACCGUGGACACCCCUUACCCUGCUGAAGCCGCCUACCCUGCCGAAGCCGCCUACGCCGCCAACUCCGCCUACGCCGCCAACUCCGCCUACGCCUCCAACGCCGCCAACGCCGCCUACCCCGCCUACACCGCCAACUCCGCCUACUCCGCCUACGCCGCCAACUCCGCCUACUCCGCCUACUCCUCCUACGCCGCCAACUCCGCCUACGCCCCAUACACCUCACACACCCCAUACUCCGCCUACGCCCCAUACACCUCACACACCCCACACACCCCAUACACCCCACACACCCCACACACCCCACACACCCCACACACCCCACACACCCCACACACCCCAUACACCGUGGAGACCCCGUACCCUGCCGACGCCGCCUACUCCGCCUACGCCUCCUACACCGCCAACGCCCCCUACGCCGCCUACUCCCCCUACUCCCCCUACGCCGCCUACUCCCCCUACGCCGCCCACGCCGCCCACUCCCCCUACGCCGCCUACUAA